AUGAGCUGCAACAAUCCUAUUAUCCCGGGGUUCAACCCCGACCCGUCAAUAGUGCGCGUCGACAAGGAUUUCUUCCUGGUGACGUCCACUUUUGAAUACUUUCCAGGAGUCCCGAUUUACCACAGCAGAGAUCUGAUAAAAUGGACCUUGAUAGGCCACGCUUUGACACGUCCUAGUCAGCUACAGAUCCAUACACCCGAGCCCGGGGGUGGCGUAUGGGCAACUACAAUCCGUCACCACGAGGGUACCUACUAUAUUGUUGCAGCAAGCUUCCAACGCUACCGGCCUCAAGUGGAUGAUCGAGUAUGGCCUCAAGGAUUCUGCGUGAGAACGACGAACAUAUGGGAUGACAGCACCUGGUCUGAUCCGAUCUACUUUGAUCAAGUUGGGUUUGACCAAGACCUUUUUUGGGAUGACGAUGGUACAGUAUAUUUGUCUUCAACAUAUCGAAAGCUUGAACCUACACCAGGUGCGAAAUUGAAAGAUUUCGCAAUCCAUAUAUGCACCGUAGACCUGAGCACUGGAAAAUCAACCUCUGAGCCCAGGCUAAUCCGAGAGUCUUCGUCUGGUGUGGCAGAAGGAUCGCACAUCUUCAAACGCGGACGAUAUUGGUAUCUUUUCACCGCGGAGGGAGGCACCGAAAGUGGCCACUGCGAGUGGGUUAGUCGCAGUGAGACCGGGCCCAUGGGGCCGUGGCAACUGGGCCCAAACAAUCCUCUCUGGCGCAAUGGUGUCGAAGACGAAGUACAGAAUACAGGUCAUGCCGACUUGGUGGAAGACCUUCAUGGGCAGUGGUGGGCAGUCGUGCUCGGGGUCCGCCCUGUUCUACGAGCUGGCAAAUGGGAAGAAUCGGUGCUCGGGAGGGAGACUUUCCUGGCACCCUUGGAAUGGAUAAAUGACUGGCCCGUGGUCAACGGGGGAGAAAAGAUCGGGCUGACCUCACAUGGCCCUGGUCUUUACCGGUUUCAAACCCCUGUCGCCUGGAGGGAUGAAUUCUCGGGUUCUCAGAUGAGUUUGGGUUGGUAUCGCAAGAACACGCCAUUGGUUAAUGAUUAUUCUCUGACCGAGCGCCCAAGCCACCUUCGCCUUUACGGCGGACCUUACAAUCUAACAGUCCCGGCUUGUCCAACAAUGUUUCUCCGGAAACAAACCCACCGUUUCUGCAGGUGGGAAACAUGUCUCUCAUUUCAACCCACAUCAAAGCACACUGAAGCUGGGGCUGUGCUAUGGUUGAAUUAUUUCACGCAUAGUACGCUUGGAAUACGCAUUGAUGACAACGGGCGAUUGAUCCGUUUUCAGCCCUCAGAAGGGGAUGCUGUGGAGCACAGGUUGGAUCCUGAAACCACUUUGACUCUCGUGAUCGACUGUGGUGCUGAAUAUAAAUUUGGCUACCGCGAGCACACAAAAACAGAGAUGCGCUGGAUGGGUACGGUUUCGAAUUCAGAUGCAACGAAAGCACCGCCAGUCGGAGCAAAUUUUACUGGGAUGAUGCUGGGGCUUUACGCCUUUGGUGAGCGCCAAAGGUGCCUCGUACCAGCGGAUUUUGCGUAUGCUACAAUCGAAUAA